AGGCUCAAGUCAUUGGAAACUCUCAAUGCCGGCCUUUGUGUACAUCGAUCAACGCAGCUGAAGCACAGGCAGACCUGUGGUUGCUGGGUUGAAACGGGCUCAUGACAGUCAUGGCCUUGCUCAGAAUUUGCCAAGUCGCAGGCCUUGCCAGACUUUGUGCAGCAAGUUCGUGCCAGGCCGACUCAAGAUGUUCAGAGUCAGAGGAGCUUCUUGCAGUGGAGGAUGAGGCGAUAGCUACUUCAACCCUUCUUUUGCAAGCCAAUCUUCAUCAGUCACGGGUGUCAACGGCCAUGAGCCUCCUAGAGGCUCGGCUUCCGCCUGGCAUGCACAGUUUGCUGAGUCGUCUGAAAGAAGCAGAAGAGGGCUCACAGUCUGACAGUGUGGUUGCCAACCUGACAGAGAUCCCUGAGGGAGUCCAUGAACUCAGGCCUGUCCUGCAGAUGGUAAACACUGGAAAGGACGAGUCGGAUCCAGUGUGGGCGAGUGUGCAUGAGCUGAUUGGCAGGUAUUUGAAGAAUACCAACGCUGAGAACGAGCAGCUCUACCAGAUUUGCCAGAGUGGGGACAUGGAGCAGUACACCAAGAAAGCGUGUGCGAAGGCUGAUCGCCAAAAGCUGCUGAAUGGUGUUCCAACUGACCGCUACUAUUGUGGCACCCACAACUCUGGGAUCAAUUGGGGCACCAUGAAGGUGGAGAACCUCUGCAAAGCCGAAGUUGGAUCCGCCUAUACGCUGAAAGGGCUUUGCGGUAGCCUCAGCAAGAAGCAGCUUGUGUUGAACUUCUUGUCCGGGGUGCACAAGUGGAAGGAGGAUCCCAGAUAUAUGAACAUUCCGUCGGUGGCCUGCAUUAUGGGCCUGGCAGACUGCGACAUUCACUUUUGCCAGCACUGCUCCUGGGUGGGCUGUGCCAACAAUGAGACCGCUCGCUGAGGGGGCGGACUGACCGAGGUUUCACUUCAGCUGAGACGAUCAGCUGACACAUGAAAACACAAAGGAAAACCAUUGAACCGGCGUCUGCACAUCAUCCAAGCUUGCCGGAAAUCUGCAUGAUGGCUCCUUUUGCAGAUGGGACUGAACCGUCACGAUCUGGAUUUCGGCUGACCCACCUUCCCCGGGUGGUGUGGCAAAAGACGAACGAAUCAGAUCGGGGAGCCAUGGCGACCCAAGCGGACAAUGGAAAAGAGUGACGUUCUUGAAAUAUUUGUAUGGGAAUCUGCCAACACUUAGAGCCCCAGCACCAUACAGCUUGACCUGCCGGUCGCCUGGUCAACCAAUGUAUCCCGGUUUUGACUCCUCCUCUACUAGCAUCACCCACCGAAGG